UUUCAUUCUUUCCUUCUGUUGCCUAAACCAACAGAACUCAUUUUUAACUGGCCAUUUGUGUUUUAUCCGUCCCUUUUUUUUUCUGGUGAAAUUAUCCAUUUCCUGUCCAGCCAGAUAAUUCCCAAAUUUCAUUGCUUUUUUCUUUCUUGUUCUAUUUUGGGAGCAACUGAUCAAGCCCCUUUUCCCAUCAAUUCAGAUUCUUUGUUGAAUAUAGGAGGAGGAGGAGAAGGAGGGAGUAAUAAAUGGCCAGCAGCCGUUGGUGAUUCAAGUUUUCUUACUUUUUUGACGGAUGGAAAUGUCUGUGCGACAGGAGAAUUCUGAUGGAGCUUAUGGUAGCAUGCAAGAUUACUUAUUUCCAGAGAAACACAGUUGGAGCAGGAAGGAUCGGAACAAGGUUCCUGGUCCACAGCGAAAACUGGAGAAACUGCUGAAUCAACCAGGCAAUAAGAUUUGUGCAGAUUGUGGGUCACCAGACCCAAAAUGGGUGUCCUUAAGUCACGGAGUAUAUAUUUGUAUCAAGUGUUCUGGUGUUCAUAGAAGCCUUGGAGUACAUAUAUCAAAGGUUCUAUCAAUCAAGCUAGAUGAAUGGACAGAUGAACAAGUGAGUUGUUUCAUUGAAUUGGGUGGCAAUAUUGCAGCAAACAAGAAGUAUGAAGCUUGCCUUCCAGAUGAAUGCAGAAAACCAAAGCCAGAUGCCUCUAUAGAGGAGCGAGUAGAAUUCAUUAGGAGAAAAUAUGAGCUUCUACAAUUUUUGGGCACUAGUGAUAACGUGACAAGCUCUCAUCGGCCCCAAAGAACUUCGUCAUCUUCUCAAACCAGUUCCUCCCAAGAGAAGAAGCCCUUCGACAAGCAAGCAACAAGGCAUCGUAUUGGGAAUGCACUGCGUAACAGCUGGGCAAGAAAAGAAGCUGAGUACAAGUACCCAAAAAAGAGCUCUUCUAUGGCAGGAAUGGUUGAAUUUAUUGGACUAAUCAAGGUUAAUGUGGUAAGAGGAACUAAUCUAGCUAUACGAGAUGUGGUAAGUAGUGAUCCGUAUGUCAUCAUUGCCCUGGGCCACCAAUCUGUGAGAACUCGCGUCAUAAAGAACAACCUGAAUCCAGUUUGGAAUGAGAGUCUAAUGUUGUCAAUCCCAGAACAGAUUCCUCCUCUAAAGUUGCUUGUGUAUGAUAAAGAUACAUUUUCUACUGAUGACUUUAUGGGCGAGGCUGAGAUAGACAUUCAACCUCUGGUUGCUGCUGCCAAAGCCUAUGAAACCUCCAGUGUGACUGAGUCAACGCAGCUCGGCAAGUGGGUAGCCAGCAAGGAUAACACUCUAGUGCAAGAUGGUGUGAUCACCUUAAUAGACGGAAUGGUAAAACAAGACAUAAGCCUCAGGCUACAAAAUGUAGAGAGAGGGGUGCUAGAGAUCGAGCUGGAAUGCGUUCCUCUUACUCAAUAGUUAAGCCAGAAACACAAUUUCCAUCAGCUGGAAGAUGCAUAAUAAGAACAAAUGUUUAGCCUGCUGCUAUUGCUAUUUUUGUAUACUGCUAUACAGUCCCCGUCCUUGUUUACAUGGAAUCUUAGAAUUGCCCUUUUGAAGAUUUUUGUGGAUAGUUUGUGAACUUUCAUAGUUACUAAGCAUAAUUCAAAUGUAAUCAGGUUGAGCAGCCCAAAUACACUAAAAAUGCUGGUUCGUUGGCAACUGUGUUAUUAUAAUUAUAAACAUUGUUAUUAGCCUUAAACCAAA